GGACAAUGAGAGCAAGGACUCCAACUCCACAUAUAUUCCUCCACGUUUCCAUUACUUAAAUCGCCAAUGAUUGUAGCUCCUCUACAAUUGCAUAGAUAUAUAUUGAAGCUUGCCUGCCUGCCUGCUAACAACAUAGACUCCAUUCCUCCCAGAACCUUCAUCCUCACCUCUUCAAAACUCCCCUUUCGGCAUUCUCUCCUAAAUCAAAAUCAAAUUUCAACACCAUUCUCUCCCUAUGCUCCUUCUCUCUUCUUAAAAAAAAUUAAAAAUUACACCAAAGGUUUGCUGGCUCAUGGCAACCUCUUACUCUUUGUUGCUCUGUUUCUCACUCUGUUUCUCCCACUUUUUUAUCUCUACUUCACAAACUCUUUUUCUGCCUUUAACUCACUCCCUCUCCAAAACCCAAUUCACCUCUACCCACCACCUCAUCAAAUCCACCUCCACCAGUUCCAUCACCCGCUUCCGCCGCCACCACCACCAGAAGAACACCCACAACCAUCGUCAAGUCUCCCUCCCUCUCUCUCCCGGAAGUGACUACACUCUCUCCUUCACUCUCGACUCCCAACCCAUCUUUCUUUAUCUUGACACAGGAAGUGACCUUGUUUGGUUCCCAUGCCAGCCUUUUGAAUGCAUUCUUUGUGAAGGCAAAGCUGAAAACACUUCUCUAGCUUCCACUCCACCACCUAAACUCUCCAAAACCGCCACCCCAGUUUCUUGCAAAUCAUCUGCAUGUUCGGCUGCACACUCCAAUCUCCCAAGCUCCGAUCUUUGUGCUAUUUCCAACUGCCCGUUAGAAUCCAUCGAAACAUCUGAUUGUCAAAAACAUUCUUGCCCGCAAUUCUAUUAUGCUUAUGGCGAUGGCAGCCUGAUAGCUCGCCUAUACCGCGACUCUAUUAGUCUACCGUUAAGCAACCCAACAAACUUGAUAGUCAAUAAUUUCACAUUUGGCUGUGCCCACACCGCGCUAGCCGAGCCUAUUGGAGUUGCUGGGUUUGGCCGGGGAGUCCUUUCUUUGCCUGCCCAGCUUGCUACAUUAUCUCCCCAACUUGGGAACCAAUUCUCUUAUUGUUUGGUGUCUCAUUCCUUUGAUUCGGACAGACUUCGUCGACCAAGUCCGCUCAUUUUAGGAAGGUAUGAUCAUGAUGAGAAAGAGAGAAGGGUAAACGGUGUUAAUAAGCCUCGUUUUGUAUAUACUUCUAUGCUCGAUAAUCUAGAGCACCCUUAUUUUUAUUGUGUUGGACUUGAGGGUAUUUCUAUUGGUAGAAAGAAAAUCCCGGCUCCAGGGUUUUUGAGGAAGGUUGAUGGAGAGGGGAGUGGUGGGUUGGUGGUGGAUUCAGGGACUACUUUUACUAUGUUGCCGGCGAGUUUGUAUGGCUCGGUUGUGGCAGAGUUUGAGAACCGAGUUGGGCGAGUUAAUGAGCGAGCUAGAGUUAUUGAGGAAGAUACUGGAUUGAGUCCUUGUUAUUAUUUUGACAAUAACGUGGUGAAUGUGCCAAGUGUCGUGCUGCAUUUUGUGGGGAAUGGAUCCAGUGUGGUGCUUCCUAGGAGGAACUAUUUUUAUGAAUUUUUGGAUGGUGGUGAUGGGAAGGGGAAGAAAAGAAAGGUUGGGUGUUUGAUGCUGAUGAACGGUGGUGACGAGGCUGAGUUGAGUGGCGGGCCGGGGGCUACUUUGGGGAAUUACCAGCAACAGGGGUUUGAAGUGGUUUAUGAUUUGGAGAAUAAAAGGGUUGGGUUUGCAAGGAGGCAGUGUGCAUCUUUAUGGGAAACCUUGAACCGGGAUUAACAAUUAAACCUUAAGAGGGUUUAAAAUGUACAAGGUUUUGGGUUUUGUUCGUACAAGUUGAGUUCAUAUUCGCAUUUCACUUUUUUGCUUUUGGCAUUGAACUCAAUAAUGUCCAUUGAAAUGUUUAUUGCUUGGCACAUAGGAAUAAGGGCGGAGCCAGAAAUUUUUUUUA